AUGAGAAAUCGCACAACAGUGACUGAAUUCCUCCUGCUGGGAAUCCCCGAGACCGAAGGCCUGGAGAUGGCCCUUCUGUUCCUUUUCUCCUGUUUGUAUAUGUGCACUCUCCUGGGAAAUGUGCUCAUCCUUACGACUAUCGUCUCCUCCUCUCGGCUUCACAGGCCUAUGUAUUUCUUCCUGGGAAACCUCUCUGUCUUUGACCUGGGUUUCUCUUCGACAACCGUUCCCAAGAUGCUAUUCUACCUUUCAGGAAACAGCCGCGCCAUCUCCUACGCGGGCUGCUUGUCCCAGCUCUUUUUCUACCAUUUCCUGGGCUGUACUGAGGGUUUUCUCUACACAGUGAUGGCCUGGGACCGCUUUGUCGCCAUAUGUUUUCCUCUGAGAUACACGGUCAUCAUGAACCACAGGGUGUGCUGUGUCUUGGCCACAGGGACCUGGAUGAGUGGCUGUGUCCACGCCAUUGUCCUAACUUCCCUCACUUUCCGGUUACCCUAUUGCGGCUCUAACAAGGUGGGCUAUUACUUCUGUGAUAUACCGGCCCUGUUGCCUCUAGCCUGUGAGGACACGUCUUUAGUGCAGAGGGUAGGUUUUAUAAAUGUUGGUCUUUUGUCUCUCCUUUGCUUUUUUCUCAUCCUUGUUUCCUAUGCUUGCAUUGGGAUCUCCAUAUGGAAAAUUCACUCAGCAGAGGGCAGGCAACAAGCCUUCUCUACCUGCAGUGCUCACCUCACCGCCAUUCUUUGUGUUUAUGGGCCAGUAAUCAUCAUCUAUCUACAGCCCCAUCCCAGUCCCUUGCUUGGUGCUAUAAUUCAGAUAUUGAAUAAUCUUGUAACCCCAAUGUUGAACCCACUGAUCUACAGCCUGAGGAACAAGGAUGUGAAGUCAGCCCUGAGGAACGCAUUUCCCCAGAAAAGCUUCACUCUGAGACAUACGUGA